GGUCUGUCAUACUGAGACGUCGGAGAACGACGCUCAUUGUUACCGUGCACAAUGUCAAGGAGUGCCCUUCUAUUGUCCCCAGAAGCGCGGUGGCGUGUGAACUCUGCACGAACAUUGUACUGCAGACUUCAUUCGUCCACUGGACCACUUCUAGUUUACUCGCGAAUUUCAUUUCGCACUUCUUUUCAUCACAACACCUGCCCAUUUGGGGCUUGGCACUUCUCCCACUUAACGCCGUGUAAUUAUGGGAGUUCUUCCCAGGUUCUUCCCGCUUCCGCCUCGUUGUUCCCUCAAGGUUGGUGAACAUCUCCGCUUUCACGUUUCCUUUGUUUCGUUGUGUUUCCGUCGUCCCGUACGUGUGCGUGCAUACGUGCAUCAUGAAUGAGGGUUGUAGCUGCAAGAAUGUUGUACCCACUCCACGACCCGCAGGCUGCCCGUUCGACGACGACGAUGCCGACGUGAUCAUUCAAUCAUCCGACUCCGUACACUUCAAAAUGUACAAAGUCAUCCUGGGCAAAGCUUCCCCCAUAUUCAAAGAUAUAUUCUGCCUCCCGCAAUCUCCACCAUCGGAACGCAGUCCUGAUGACUUCUUCCAUGGCCUUCCCACCGUCAAAGUCUCCGAGGACAGUCACACCCUCUUGCUUCUCUUCACGUUUUGUUACCCUAUGGAAGAUCCCGUUUUAGCAUCUAUCGAUGACGUACGUUCUGUUCUAGAGGGUGCGCAGAAAUAUCAAAUGGACGCUAUAGCAAAACGUGCGCGGGCCUCAUGGUCCGUUGUUGCUGCAGCUGAUUCCUUGAAAGCAUUUGCCGUGGCUUGUAGGAUGGGCUGGGAGGACGAUGCUCGUGUUGCCGCACGCCUCACGUUGGGAGAGGCAUUCUGGCCUCUGGAACCUCCCCUCCCAGUGGAGUUCAGAUAUGUCUCAUCGGAGAACUUGCUCAGGCUUAUUUCCUAUCAUCGCAAAUGCGCCGCAGUAGCUUGCCAACUGGCAGACGACUACCCAUGGGCCAAUCAACUUAUGAACUCGCUUGCAUGUCAACAUUGCGAUAAACUGUACAAGGGAUCGACUCAAGCGACAGGAUUGGCAGAUUGGCUUCGCGUUUUUCUGUCUAGCGCGAAGUCAGUUCUGGUCACUCGACCUUCCUCGUCUGCGGUUACCAGUGGAACAUUCGCGUGGGAGACUAUGCGAAAAUCGUACGGAUGUCCUCCUUGCGACCUUCCAAUGCAUGUCGUCUACAAGAUCCACACCGUUGUCGAGCUAUUUGGCAAGGAACUGGACUCUCGUAUUGCGUUGGUCACGCUUCAGCUUCAGCUUUGAAAUUAAUUUACUGUGGAUGGCGUUGAGGUGGCUUCCCAAUCUACGUACAGCCACACGCUCAAGCGUAAAGGAAUCUAAUUCCAAUGUAGCAGAAUUAGGUUUACUUUCCAGGUCGCACUCCGUUGACAUCGGCACUGGUCUUGAGAAGUUGCACGAAUUACUCGUCGCUUCAGGCAGUAUUGCCCCAGGACUAGUCAUAACCGCAUUAGCAUAGUC